AUGGCUCCCGCUGGUGACAUGUUGACUCCGCCAGCUCCAGGCGCUGCUGGCGUGCAAGGGAAGAAGCCUUCGGAUGCGCGACCGGAUCUGGUGACUCCUAAGACGCUUUUCAAUGGCGUGGCCGGCUCCUUUGGCGCAGAAGUGGUUAACAAGCUGGCGGAAUGUACAUCGGCUCUCAAGCUCCAUGAUCUGCCGGCGGGAGGGAAGGAAAACAACAUGGUUAAGCCGUCUGCUGCUGGGAGCUCAUCGUCGGCUCCCGACGUGCUUGACAAAGGCAAAGCAAAGGUGGAGGACAAGGACAAUGAGGAUGGCUACCUCAGCGAUGACCCAGAGGAGUGCCAAGACCCGGAGGUGCUCAACGAAAUUGCUGCGCAGGCGGGUUUCGCUAUCACCCUGCUGGUGCCGUUUGCCUGGAACAAGGAGGUUCCUCGCACCAUCAACACGGUCCGUCAUCUUCUGCUGGUGUGGGGGAAGCAUCUGUCGGAGAAUUUCAGGAACACGUCCGGUUUCCAACAGCUAUCGGCUACCUACCUGUCCGAGCAGCACUUCGGCCGGAUGCAAGUGGUCUUCCAGCAGGAGGCUGAUGCGUGUUUCGUCUGGAGCCGGGAAGUGGAACACUACACGAUGAAUGACAAGAAGCUUACGCUCGGCUGGCAGCACCCGGAAAACACCAGUUAUCUGAAGGAGCGCGCGCUGCAUCCCGAGGCGAUUGAGGUGCUGCUCAAGGGGGUCUCGGCGGUGAUCUCCCCGGAAAUGAUCCGGAAGAACCUGGUGACGGCGAUGCUGAUGAAGCGGGGUCGGACGGCUUUCCGUGACGGGUCGUCGUUCCACAGGGUCCUAGAUUGUGUCUCGGGGUCGGACACUGACAAGAUUAAGGGCCUGCUGUCAGCGGCGACGAAAAUCAUCAUGGCGGAUCCGGCAAUCUCCCUGACUUCGGUGGGAGGGGUCCGGGAGGAAUGGAUCUGUGUGCAAGAGGAGUGCGGGAAAGCUCACGGGAACAAUUUCGAGCAGGCGGUGGAGCAUGCUCAGUCGCAACGUCACUGCUCUGGUCUUCUCAAGGCGGGAGCUGCUACCCGGCAGAGCAGGGGGAAACAGAAUCUGGCGGAUGUCCGGAAGGAGUGUGGGAAGUAG